GCGGCGCGGGAGCCGCGAGCCAGCAUGGCGACCCCGGCGCAGAUGAGCCGCGCGGCCAGUCGCCGUAAGUCGCGCGUCCAGAAGCAGCACAGCUACGACGAUGAGAUCAAGGCGGCAGGCGGUGCCGCUUCCGCUUCCGCGGCUGCUUCCGCUACCGCUGGCAUGCAGCAGGCUGAUGUCGGAUUGGGUCUGCCGGUCCAGCUGCCUCGCAGAGCUUCGGCCUACGACGUUUACGCGACGCGGACGUCGGACGCAUUGACGGGACGCGACGGGUCGCCGGCCGUCGAACGACGUCGCUCGUCCUUCCGAGUACCCGCACCUGACCCGGACGAUCAAGCCGGAUCAGCACACUCAGCAGAAAGCAAUCAAGUUCCUUCAUCAUCUCUAGUGAUAGACGAAGACAGAAGAUCCAGACGGAGAGGCUCACAGCUGCCAGACAUUUCGGCGUUGCGCGUUGCUCGUAGUGACGGCGCGCGUGCAAGCAUAGCCGUGCCGCGUGCACCUGAAGAACACACUGCUGAUCCAAUCAGGAGACAGCAGUCGGUGCAGGACGGGGAAGCCAUCAAAAUCGUCAUACAUGACGUCGACUUCGAUGCUAACCUCAGCUCAAGAACGGGAUCAAAGAGGAGAGUUACUCUGAGGAGAGAUCCAGCUGACAAAGCCCACAGAACGAGGGGCUUCGGCAUGCGAGUGGUUGGUGGAAAGGCGGGAGCAGACGGUCGUCUGUUUGCCUACAUCGUGUGGACUGUCCCUGGUGGCCCGGCCGAGAAAGGGGGUCUUCAACAAGGCGAUAAG